GUAAAGCUUCUUGUUGAAGAAGGAGCCGAUAUGGAAGCCAUCGAUCAUGAAGGGGAUACUGCUCGCCUCUAUGCUCUUCAGGACCGUCACAUGGAAGUAGUCAAUUUCUUUCUUGACAUUGACCUGGCAAGCGAUCGAUGCAAAAUGGAAUCCGUGCUACUUUCAGCAGUUGAGGAUGACGAUCCUGAGUUGGUCACUCUUCUAGUUAAUAAGGGGGUCAACCCGAACUCAAGUUGCAAGACGGGCAUCGGUCGGGAUGAUUGUACAAUUCUCACUUGGGCCGCCAAGAAGGGAUACAAAGAUUUGGUGCAACAGCUUAUUCACUACGGUGCGGACGUCAAUUUGCAGGAUAAUGAACGUUGGACUGCACUUGCUCAGGCUGCAAAAUAUGGUCAUGACUCCGUCGUCAGACUACUGAUGGAGCAUAACUCCUACAUUGAUUUUCCUAACGACUACUUUACGCCCCUUCAAUUUACGCCCCUUCAACUUGCUGCAGCGAAUGGGAGAAAGAGCACAGUCAGAAUUCUCCUUCAGCAUGGAGCGAGUGUCACACAUUCAAGUCUGGCACCCGAUUCACUUGAGACCAGAUAUCAUCUAGGGGAUUAUGUGUUGCAGCAGCUGAGCCCAGGAGGGGGCUCUCCAACGGAUAUUCGAGGCUCUGAAGGUCGCGCACAUUUGAGGAGGGCCGUAGAGAUAAGUCUUAUGGCUAGAGUC